ACAGAAACCACCUCGAUGAGGAUGGUGCUGAUGAGGAUGAGGAUGAUGAUGAGGAAGAUGCUGUAGAAGCUCAGUUCCGGUUCGUCUCGGCGGUGAAAGGAUGAAUCCUGGUUUCCGGUCUGAAAGGAUGAAUCCUGGUUUCCGGUCUGAAAGGAUGAAUCCUGGUUUCCGGUCUGGAGCCGAUGCGUCAGGAAGGGCUCGGGCUUGUUGCUAAAUGGAGUCGGAGCAGCUGUACCACAGAGGCUACUGCAGGAACAGCUACAACAGCAUCGCCAGCGCCAGCAGCGACGAGGAGCUGCUGGAUGGAGCCGGCGUCAUCAUGGACUUCCACACCACCGAGGACGACAACCUGCUGGACGGAGACGCUGCCUCCCCAGGGUCUAACUACGUCAUGUCUAACGGGGGCGGAGCCGCCAGCAGCUCCACUCACCUGCUGGACUUCCUAGAGGAGCCCAUCCCGGGGGUGGGGACCUACGAUGACUUCCACACCAUCGACUGGGUGCGAGAGAAGUGCAAGGACCGUGAGAGACACAGGAAGAUCAACAGUAGGAAAAAGGACUCGGCCUGGGAGUUCACGAAGAGCCUGUACGACGCGUGGUCCGGCUGGCUGGUGGUGACGCUCACCGGCCUGGCCUCAGGUGCUUUGGCUGGCCUUAUUGAUAUUGCUGCUGAUUGGUUGAACGACCUGAAGGAGGGCGUGUGUCUGAGCGCCAUGUGGUUCAACCACGAGCAGUGCUGCUGGACGUCCAAUGAGACCACCUUCGCUGAGCGGGACAAGUGCCCCCAGUGGAAGAGCUGGGCUGAGCUCAUACUGGGGCAGGCCGAGGGUCCCGGCUCGUACAUCAUGAACUACUUCAUGUACAUCUACUGGGCGCUGUCCUUCGCCUUCCUGGCCGUGUGUCUGGUGAAGGUGUUCGCGCCGUACGCCUGCGGCUCUGGGAUCCCGGAGAUUAAAACCAUCCUCAGUGGGUUUAUCAUCCGGGGCUACCUGGGCAAGUGGACCCUGAUGAUCAAGACCAUCACCCUGGUGCUGGCUGUGGCGUCCGGCCUCAGCCUGGGGAAGGAGGGGCCCUUGGUGCACGUGGCGUGCUGCUGUGGGAACAUCUUCUCCUACCUCUUCCCCAAGUACAGCAAGAACGAGGCCAAGAAACGAGAGGUUCUCUCGGCUGCGUCGGCGGCCGGAGUGUCGGUGGCUUUUGGAGCGCCGAUAGGAGGAGUCCUGUUCAGCUUAGAGGAGGUCAGCUACUACUUCCCUCUCAAGACGCUGUGGCGCUCCUUCUUCGCCGCCCUGGUGGCGGCCUUCGUCCUGCGCUCCAUCAACCCCUUUGGAAACAGCCGCCUGGUGCUGUUCUAUGUGGAGUACCACACGCCCUGGUACCUGUUUGAGCUCAUCCCUUUCAUCCUCCUGGGCGUGUUCGGAGGACUCUGGGGAGCCUUCUUCAUCAGGGCCAACAUCGGCUGGUGCCGGCGGCGCAAGUCAACACGUUUAGGAAAGUACCCCGUGUUGGAGGUGAUCCUUGUGGUCGUCAUCACAGCUGUGGUUGCUUUCCCGAACCCGUACACGCGGCAGAACACCAGCGAGCUGAUCAAGGAGCUGUUCACGGACUGCGGGCCCCUGGAGUCCUCGCAGCUCUGUCAGUACCGCAGCCAGAUGAACGGCAGCAAAGCCUUCACGGACAACCCCAACCGGCCGGCCGGGCCCGGCGUCUACGCCGCCAUGUGGCAGCUCUGCCUGGCGCUCAUCUUUAAAAUCAUCAUGACCAUAUUCACAUUUGGACUCAAGGUUCCGGCCGGCCUGUUCAUCCCCAGCAUGGCCAUCGGGGCGAUCGCAGGGAGGAUCGUUGGCAUCGCCGUGGAGCAGCUGGCGUAUUACCACCACGACUGGUUCCUGUUCAAAGAGUGGUGCGAGGUGGGGGCCGACUGCAUCACCCCGGGGCUGUACGCCAUGGUGGGGGCCGCGGCGUGUCUGGGCGGUGUUACUCGAAUGACCGUCUCCCUGGUGGUCAUCGUCUUCGAGCUGACGGGGGGGCUGGAGUACAUCGUCCCGCUCAUGGCCGCCGUCAUGACCAGCAAGUGGGUGGGCGACGCGUUCGGCCGCGAGGGAAUCUACGAGGCCCACAUCCGCCUGAACGGGUACCCCUUCCUGGACGCCAAGGAGGAGUUCACACAUACCACGCUGGCCCGGGAGGUGAUGAGGCCGCGGCGCAGCGACCCGCCGCUAGCGGUGCUGACGCAGGACGACCUGACGGUGGAGGAGCUGCAAGGCAUCAUCAACGAGACCAGUUAUAAUGGUUUCCCUGUGAUCGUGUCCAAGGAGUCCCAGAGGCUGGUGGGCUUCGCUCUGCGGAGGGACAUCACCAUCGCCAUAGAAAACGCCCGUCGUAAGCAGGAGGGCAUCGUGUUGGACUCGCGGGUCUACUUCACUCAGCACGCGCCCACGCUGCCGGCCGACAGCCCGCGGCCCCUCAAGCUGCGCUCCAUCCUGGACAUGAGCCCCUUCACCGUCACCGACCACACCCCCAUGGAGAUCGUGGUGGACAUCUUCAGGAAGCUGGGCCUGCGCCAGUGCCUGGUCACUCACAACGGGAUUGUGUUGGGCAUCAUCACAAAGAAGAAUAUAUUAGAGCAUCUGGAGGAGCUCAAGCAGCACGUGGAGCCCCUGGCGGCUGCUUGGUAUCGUCACAAAAAAAGAUAUCCUUCGUCACAUGGCGCAAAUGGCAAACCAAGAUCCCGAGUCCAUUAUGUUCAACUGAUCUGCUCCUUCCAGGACGGGGACGACAAGCAGGAGGAGGAGGAGCAGGAGGAGCAGGAGGAGGAGGAGCAGGAGGAGGAGGAGGAGGAGGUGCGUCUCCUGGACGACUCCAGUCUCUGACAUUAGAUCUUUUUGUUUUAAACCCUGAACCUCGCGGACGGACGGAGACUUUUGCUCAGCGGAGAGAAAAGACUUGUUAUCGUUGUGGCUGCUGAGGUCACGAGGAGGUCACGGGUUGAAGACACACACACACACACACACACACACACACACACACACACACGAGGAAUGCACUUUUUACACACUUACACAGAUACAUGGAACAUGCAUGCUCUCUCUCUCUCUCUCUCCACACACACACACACACACACACACACACACCUGUAAAGUGGACAGCUUCACUCGUCACGUGCCUCACCCCUGUCCUGUCCCCGAGGUGGGCGUCGCCUGGCAAGGAGGUCAAAGGUCAGAAUGAACCGCCGAUCGGAGGACGCGAUGAGCGACCUUGAAAAAACCUCCCAGGCUUCAAAAACUGUCCAACCCCCCCCCCACCACCCCCCCUCCACCCCCCUACCACAGACUCACCCGUCCUCCAGAAGAUGUUUACCUGUGAAUUCAAUGUGUGUGUUAGAAUGUGUGCGUUUGUGUCCACUACAUUCCAGCCAGGUUACCGUGGUAACAGGACGCUGGGUCUAAUUGCGACGGCUUUAACGAGCGUGAGACGCAGAGUCUUUCAACAACUGAAAUGUUCCCAUUCAGAGGGAAGAGAGUGUGUCUGUGUCGUCUCGUGUGUGUUCAUUCAACGUGAACGCGUCCGGCUUCCAUUUUGAAAUCUGUUACAGGAGAAAAUCAUCUCAAACUAUUCGCUCUCGCUGCGACUUUUCAUCCUUUGAUCUUCGGCUUUGAUCCAUUCACUUUUUAUGGCUUCAAAACUAAACGGAACUGGACACGUUGUUCGUGGCCCAGGUCCAAGAUGGAGACGUGAACUUCAGGCGUCAGACACUCGAUGUAGAUGAGAAACAGUUGAUUAAUUAACUAAACUAGAAAAUUGUGCUUAAAAGCAAAAACAUUUGAUACAUUUUCUAACAAAACCAAGUCCUUAAAUUUAAGUUUUAGGUUAAUUAGACUAACAUCCAAUGAAAGAGACGACAUAUUAAACCAACCGACAAGAAAUCUAACUCUAAACUUCUUAAAUGCUCAAACAAUAGACAAAGAUCAAACCUGUUCUUCCCACUUUGAAUCCAAACUGCUACUGUUUCUAUGGUUCGUCUUUAUUCUCAAAAUGCAAAAUCUUAUUCAUUUGUAAAUUUCAAAUGUAAUCUCCUUUGAUUAGUUUACUCUCAAAAUGGAAAACGUUCUUUUCCUCCACUCAUUUUUUUUUGUCCGACCUCACCACUCUUCUGUAUAUUAACGAACAGCCACAUUCAAAAUUACUCAAUGAUUAUUUAAUACAGAAAUUCUUUAAAUUCCUGUCAUAUCCCAUGAAGAUCAAAGGAAGAUGUGGCUGCUCGCUGCCUGUGAUCUCGCUCAGUCAUGUGGCUUCAUUUAACGUUUUCCAGCCUCUUCACACUUUAUUCUGAAAAGCUGAACAAACACCUGCUGCUCCCACUAAUUGUCCUCAGAGCAUGUUGUGACCCUUCAAAAUAAAAGCGCUGAAGAGGGGAAGGCACCUGAGCUGUCGAGUGGAUCCGUGAACCAGUGGUGUCGCCUAACGUCGUGUUUCAUACUGAUCUCAAUGCUUUUUCCUUUAUUUUAAUUUAUGGCUAGUGUCGAUAGAGUUGUGCAUUAUUAUCAAGAAUUUUAUGUAUGAUUACAUUGAUUGUUUGAUUGUACAUUUAAAAGAAAAUAUGUAAAGAUUAAAAUUUUGUUUUAAAUUAAAAGGUGAAAAAAGA